UUUUGAUUGAAUAAUAUCGGGGCCAGCACGUGGAGAAGGGGUGGGUUGUUAUUGAUCAGGGUAACGGCCUUUGUCGUUUGCGGGGUUAAGACAUUGGCUUGUGCUGUGGAUCUGGGGACUGGCAAGGUCGUAACGACGUUGGGCGCGUGAGUGAGCGCGCGCCGCGCCGGCCCCGCCGCCGUCCGCCGCCGCCGGCCAUGCUGAGGUACAGCGUCAUCGAGCGGCUGACGCAGACGUCCAGCGUCAUCCAGCAGUACAUGAAACGGCGCUCCGAUGAUGACGCCGGCGCGCGCAAGAUUCGCCUGCUGAGCGUGCACGAGGUGGCCGACGUGCACAAGGAGCCGGGCAUCAUCAGCGGCUACGUGCCGCACGGGUCGCCCUGGGUCUGCGUGCGCGGCCUCUUCCUGGCCACCAACGAGACCAUCAACUUUUGGACGCACUUCCUGCCGUCGCUCUACUUCAUCUGGAAGCUGGCUGAACUACGGCACUCGCUCGACUUCUCCGACUCGUACACCUGGCCCUACAUCUGCUACAUGCUGACCACCUGCGUGUACCCGUUCGUCUCGUGUGUGGCGCACGCCUUCAGCUCCAUGUCCGUCAGGGCGGCCCACGUCGGCUUCUUCAUCGACUACGCUGCCAUCAGCAUCUUCAGCUACGGUGUGGGCGUGUUGUACCGCAGCUACUGCUUUCCGAAGGACCUCCUGGGCACCGUCUAUAGCGACUACUUCAUCCACGUCUGCUUCGUCAACACGAUCUACCUCAUCUGGGACAAGUUCACCACUGAUCCCAACCCAUGCAUGGACUUCUAG